AUGUCGGAUUAUCGAUAUGAAUGUCCACUCUGUUGCGAAAAUUACAAUAUCAAGAAUAACCCCAAAAUUCUUGCUUGCGGACAUUCAUUUUGUGAAGAAUGUUUAAAAACAGUCUUCAAAUCAGCGAAAAAAUGCCCUCUGUGUGAUGGAGACAUUGCGGUCGAGAAUAUUACAGAUCUCCCAGCAAAGACGGCUAUCAUUCCGAGUAAGCAUGCCUCAAGAGACGAAGAAAUAAAAUGGUGACGCUGACGGAAAUUGGACUCCUAGGCACACCUCCUAUGGAGCUGGUAGGACUCAUUUCUGAUGAAGUUGAAACAUAGGGCCUCAUUCCCUAUCUUGAGUAGGCCUUCAGAGGUGGGGAAGCCUUGCCGAAAAGGAAGUUUUAUUUCUCCCCCAAAGGUUUUCCUGUCCCUGCCAGAUGGGCUAGACAGGAUAUCCUACCACAUGGUCUCCCCACAUCGGGACCAUCGGGGCACUCUCCAAGAAGUGGCUCUGCCCAGAGGAGCUGAUCCUCUGGACAGAUGGUUCAGACAAGAAAUAAGAUGGUAGCGGGCCUAGGAGUAUGAUCGCAUCAGAACCCGACCUGAAGUCACCUUUCGAGCUGAGGUGUGUGUGUGUGGUCAAUUGGUUUUGCCCACUUAUGGCCAUGCAGAAUUAAUCUAAUCUAAUCAAGAGACGACACCAAUUGGUUCUACCCUCAGCAAGACUUUGACAACUAUUUCGUCUCCACAUCUAGUUUUAAAAACAAGUUUUCAAAUAAUUCCCAAGCUAUAAGCACUACUUUGGAAAACGGUUAUACGCCAUGGGAAAAUAGUUUGGAAAACAAUGGAUACCCAUCGUGGUGGAACAACAUCACAGAUGAGUCCCCGUGGAACUUUUCAAAUACAAAUAAAAUUUCGAGUAAUGGCAUCACCCAAGAUUAUACGAGCACACACAACAUUGCCAACUCAAAAAUCAGAGAACUGAAAGGAUAUAUGGAUGAACUUGAAAAAUCCAAACAGAAUAUCAAGCAGUUCUGCACCUAUGCAAACAGCAUCACUCUCGAAUCCAAAAAUCAAAUUUGCCAAAAAAUCCAAUUCGCUAAAAAAUUUCUCCAAGACUUGGAAGAAAAAUCAAAUAAAGACGCUGAAAACUACAUCACUUUGAAUCAGAUUGUAGCCAAGAAAAGCAUCGGAGAGAUCGACGACAAAAUCAAUUUAAUUAAUAGAUGUCUCGGAAGCUUAUCGAAGGUUCUUUCUAAUUCAAGCGGAAUUAGCGUGUCUCUUCAAAUGGAAUUAAACCAACUGUCAUCGAUGGCUAUUCCUGGGGCAAACAUUGAGUUCUAUUCCUACAAAUAUGAUCCAGAAUGGACAUUAGAAAGCGAACCCAGCUUUAAAGUAGGAAAAUUGGACAGCCAACAGAUGCCUUCAAUAUACCGAAGCUCUAGUUUCAAUUCUCAGUCCUCAGGGAGCGUAAGUCCUAUUGGUAAAUAUACUCCAAAACUCGCUAAAAAGGUCACGAACUACGAAUGGUACACUAUUGAUAAUGACAAGGGAUCUAGAAGAGCUGGACCUGUCAUUGAGAAGCAGAUUGAAAAAGGAUACAAAAAGGGUGCUAAGACAUGGAGGAUUCAUCAUAAAGACCAUGGAGAAUACUUCGCAAUCGUGAAUUAUGAAGAUCGGACUUUUAAAUACUUUUCAACCAAUAAGGUUUUCAAGUUAGAAAGAGUUCCGAGCUAUUAA